ACGUGAUUACAGGAAGUGUUUUUUUUCUGUAGGCGUUGGUGUAGCGAUCAAAGCUAGCAACCUUAGCUGCUAACGAGAAGCUAGACUCUAGCCAGUCUGCCGACAUGGUUUCUUUAGCAAAGGUGUUUGCUAGGUAUGUUACCUGACAGAUUUUCGGUGUCGCAUUUGACAAGAAAGCGUCAACCCCGGAAGAAACACUAGCAAGAAUAACAACAAGCUGAAGUAGUAUGCUGGACGUGGGGAAGUGGCCAGUGUUUGCGCUCCUUCCUCCUGAGGAACUACGGCUUAUCCGGCAGGCUUGUGUCUUUGGCAGCGCUGCGAACGAAGCCCUCUAUGUCACAGUUAAUGACGAGGUCUUUGCUCUAGGCACCAACUGCAGUGGCUGUUUGGGGCUCGGAGAUCUUCAAAGCACUAUUGAGCCGCGCCGGAUCGAUGUCUUGUGCGGGAAGAAGAUUGUGUCCCUAAGCUAUGGAACAGGGCCCCAUGUGGUUAUCGCAACUGCAGAUGGAGAGGUGUUUGCCUGGGGCCACAACGGCUACAGCCAGCUGGGGAAUGGAACCACCAACCACGGACUUACCCCCGCUCUGGUGUCGACCAACCUCCUCAGCAAGAGGGUGACAGAAGUGGCCUGCGGCUCCCAUCACACUAUCGCCCUCACAACUGAUGGAGAGGUGUUCGCGUGGGGUUACAACAACUCAGGCCAAGUGGGUUCAGGGUCUACAGCCAACCAGCCGACACCCCGUCGCGUCAGCAGCUGCCUGCAAAGCAAAGUGGUGGUUAACAUAGCCUGUGGUCAGCUCUGCUCUAUGGCUGUACUUGACAAUGGAGAGAUCUAUGGUUGGGGCUACAAUUGCAAUGGACAGCUGGGUUUGGGCAACAAUGGAAAUCAGCAGACCCCAUGCAGGAUCGCUGCCCUCCAAGGUAUCAACAUCGUCCAGGUGGCGUGUGGAUACGCACAUACGUUGGCACUUACAGAUGAGGGGCUUGUUUACGCUUGGGGAGCCAACUCAUAUGGCCAGUUGGGAACAGGCAAUAAGAGUAACCAAGCCCUCCCAACACUAAUAAACACAGAUAAGGAGAGGAUGGUGGAGGUGGCUGCGUGCCACACCAGCCAUACGUCAGCUGCAAAGACGCAGAGUGGGCAGGUUCUGAUGUGGGGUCAGUGUCGGGGUCAGGCCGUGGCCAGCCCCCACCUCACCCACUUCAGCUGCACGGACGACGUGUUCGCCUGCUUUGCCACGCCAGCGGCCACGUGGCACCUCCUCUCAGUAGAUGGUGAUGACUACCUGACCGUCGCACAGUCUCUGAAGAAGGAGUUCGACAGUCCAGAGAUUUCAGACCUCAAGUUCUUGGUUGAUGGGAAAUGCAUCCACGUUCACAAAGCCCUGCUGAAAAUCAGGUGUGAACAUUUCCGCGCAUUGCUGAAUGAAACCGACGAGGACGCCAUAGAGAUCCAGCAGUUCUCAUACCUGGUGUACAGAGCCUUCUUGGAGUAUCUCUACACGGACACCAUCAACCUGCCACCAGAGGAUGCUAUUGGGUUGCUAGACUUGGCCACGUUCUACCGAGAAACGAGGCUGAAGAGGCUGUGUCAGGAAACGAUCAAGAGGGGCAUUUCUGAAGAGAACGCCAUCACUCUGCUGUCUGCCGCUGUCAAGUAUGAAGCGCGGGACCUGGAGGAGUUCUGCUUCAAGUUUUGUGUCAACCACCUAACGGCUGUCACGCAGACCCAGGCCUUUGCGGACAUGGAUCACGACCUGCUCAAGAACUUCAUUAACAAAGCCAGCCGCUACGGGGCCUUCAAAAACUGACUAGAGUGCCCCCGUAGAGGCGGAUCCAACCCCACGGGGUUGGAGCUCGCAGAACAGAGUCGACCCUAGACCAAAGUAAACAGCCGGCGGAUGAGCGCUUCAAAGCCUUGUCACCGGGGAUGUAAAUACUGGUAACUGGUUUAUGGUUUCACCCACUAAGUGGAGCUUCUGUGUUACAUCUCAGACGGACACGGUGCUUGCUUGGGGCGCGUGCAUUGGGUUGCGCCAGUCGUCCAGUCACAAGCAGACAGCGCGGAGGCUGAAGAUGUGCCUCGGCGGUCCGUCCGCCACAGACAUUACGCUUCACCCAAUUUGAUCUUUUUUGAUGAAGACGAUCAACGCGGCUGCAGGGAUCUUCAUCGCCCGCACAGGCAGGACGUCUGAAAAAUGCAAAAAUAUAAUGUGGUGCGGUAGAAUGCUGGGUAGUCACGCUGACCUGUAUAGGUUGGUUAAUCAGAUUCUCGGUGCGUAUAUCACUGUGUUGAUCGUUGCGGUGUGAAGAGUUAAAAACAGGAUGUGGUCAAAACUUCGCACUGUGCUGCUUUUAUUUGACGCCUUCACUCCUGGGUUUUCUGCACAGGGAAGUCGUAUUUCAUGUAGAAAAAACAAGCACGCUUCUCCAACUAAGUCAAUGUUUUGCCACUUUGUUUUAUAUUGCAGUUAUUCACCAAUCGUUCACAUGCCAUCCAGACUUAAGGUUAGCGUUUGUAUUGACUAACAUUUGCACCGCUUUUGCUGUCUGCAGCCGGUAGGAGAAGAAGGAGCAGCCAGUUGCGUAAUCGUGAGAGAUGAGAGCGAACCACUGCAUGCGUACUUGUGUCCAGGUUAACCUGCUCUGUGGAGCUGGAAACUCUCUGAAACACGUGUAUCCUGAUGUUACACUGUAGAUGCAGCUUAUUUUCACAGUUGCGUUUCAUUGUAAUUUUGGUAUGUUUACAGUUUUCAUUUUUUAUUUUUUUUAAUUGUUGAAAUGCUCUCGGCAAGCAGUUGGUUCUUUUUACGAGGGUUUCUUUACUUAUACGUCCCCCCUGGUAGCACCUUGUGGUAAUGAAAUUGUGCUGGCUUAGGGUAAUCGCCAAGGUAUUUCCAUCUUGAAUUCUUGAAUCAGAGUGUAAAGUUUUAUUACUUUAACAAGCCAAUUAGUUGUUUUGUUUGUUUUUUUUGUGUGUGUAUGUGUUUUUUCCCCCCUUUUGGAACAUUUUGAUAAUUACUAAAAAUGCCAGUGUGAUCUUGUUUUGUAUGGAAAAUGCUGUAAGCUGCUAACAGUGGCACUGAUGGUAACAUUUAGUAUAUAUAUUAAAAUAUAUAAAUGACUAUUAA